GAUUGAUUUUUUUUAACUUCACUACUCCCAAAAUUCUCCAAUAAAUCAGUGGACACACACUCGUGCUUAAUUCUCUAUAAUUUCUAUCACGCCAAAAAGAGAAAGAAAUACUAGUAAAGAUGCUGGUAGGUGUUAAUAUGAAUUUGCUGAUGAUGAAGCUGUGUUUGUUUCUAGUAAUCAUUUCCAAAUUAUGCAAUGGUUAUUCAACAAAGUUGGAUUUCUAUCCUCCAACUUGCCAAAGAAUUGAAUGCCCAAAUUAUGAUUUGAUUGAAUCUGGAAAAGACUAUGAAAUUCGUCUUUAUAAUUCUCCUAUGUGGAUGUCUACUGCACCAAUUGAUGAUAUUUCAUUUGUUUCUGCCACAAGAACUGGUUUCCUCAGGCUAUUUAAGUAUAUUCAAGGAAAGAACAGUUACCAUGAAACAAUAGAGAUGACAGGACCAGUUAUGACUCAAGUGAAGCCAAGUGAUGGACCUUUCUGUUCUUCCUCUUUUGUUGUGAGCUUUUAUGUACCAAAGAAGAACCAGCCAAAUCCUCCUCCAGCUAAAGGCCUUCAUCUCCAAAAAUGGGGCAAAACUUAUGUCGCGGUUAGGCAAUUCAGUGGAUUUGCAGCUGAUUCUGAUAUUCCAAUAGAAGCCGCUGCCCUGAGUGCCAGUAUUGCUGGCACUAAAUGGGCAGCAGCCAUCGACAAAAGCCAAGCUGCAGAUAAUACUACGAUUUAUACAGUCGCGCAAUACAACUCCCCGUUUGAGUUCAAGAACAGAGUUAAUGAGAUAUGGUUUACUUUUGAUUUGGAUGAAGUACCUGCUCUGUCUUUUGAGAAGCUCUUGUUCUGAACUUUGACAUUUCAGGAGACAUGAAACUAUCUCAUUUUCUUGUUUUGUAUUAUCUAAGUUUAGUUGGGAAGUCCUAGUAAUUUUGUAUGACCAGAAUGUUAGUACAUUAUAUAUUGCAAAUAAGAUAGGUUGUAUAAUACAAUCUGAUUAUGAGGAUUUGGUGGUUAUGAUA